GGAUUUGGUUAUGUCCUUUUAUAAAGUUUACUUUCAAUUUUUCAUAUUUAAAUGAUUUAUGUUGUCUAUUUUGAAUGUGUAUUGUUUAAUCGUUGGAUCUUUGAGUUUUUUUAUUAGUUUGUACAUUUGUGGUAUUGAGGUCUUUUAUUUUGAAAUUCAUCCACUUAAGCAGUUAUAUUGUGGCCUGCUCAAAGCAUUGUAGUAAGGAACGCAGCUACGGUGCACAUGGUUGAUUCAUCCAAACGCAUAGGGUUAAAGAACUUCAAGGAUUUAGCUCCUGGUUUAAGUGGAGAAUAAGCUCUUACGGUGAUUCGUGAUGUCUUAUGGCAUUUAACGGUGAUUACUGCAAAUCUACGGUGACGGAUCUUUAAUAAAGCUCAUUAUGAAUCAUCAGUGAAAGAGUUCAACAUUUUUAAGCCAGGAAGCUACAGUAAGAGCUUACCAUCGUCGAUCCCCUGUGCUGCUCAAGGAACGCCAUGGAUGGUAGAGGAACUUUAAAUUCAGCGGGCUCGUUGAGGGCAGUGUGAUUGAUCAAGAUUAAAGUGAAGUUUCAGCGGAUGGCUCUACAAAUCUACGGACAGCGAAUGGACCGUUUUAAUGAAUUGGUCGAAAGAAGAUAACUGUUCCAAAGUGUUUGGUGGAUUGCAGUGAGUACCAAAGACAAAAAAAAGAUAAACUAAUUCUGAAGUGAUAAAUCUUUUCUCUCUUGUGACUGAUUUAAAGGUGAACGGACAUUACUGUGUGUGUAGUUCGCAUAAUAAUGGAUUAAAUUAGUUUCACAUUUUAGAGUUAAUGUUUCAGGGCAUGUGGUUAAAGUGAAUUUACUGAAUGUACAAUGAAUUAACUUGAAUGUUAAAUAUGAAUAGUGUUUCUAAUUUUGGUGAGUUGCAAAUGUAAGAAAAUGUCUAAAUCAGUGGCGGGUGCAAAGGAGGCAGAUGGGCAAACUGAUAGCCAUAAUGUAGAAACUCAAAGUGAGGGUACACGCCAUUCAAAACGUAAGCAUGUUCUUACUGAAAAAAUGUUAGCCUAUCAGCAAGAAGAGUCACAAAAGAAGGAGAAAAAGAUUGCAUCUCUAUAUAAUCAAUGGAAAAUAGAAGCCCGUAGCGCACGUGAGCAUCUUAAAUCAGACGCAUUAGAAAGUCAAUUAGCUAUUUUGAGCGACACUUUGGAAACAGCUAAACAUAAGGUCCUGUGUGCUUAUGAUGAAUUUAGGCAGCAUGUAUCACCUACCAUUGAAAUGAGGAGAAAAAUGGACGCGUGUGAAGCAGUUACAGCUGACAUUAUUAAAAUUGUUAAUGAAAGAAUAACGGGUGUAGAUGGAGAUUUUGAUGGUAAAAGGGAGAAAAGGCGACUUCGUACCUUAUUAGACCAUCAGUAUGCCCACUCAAUCUUUGGUUCAACGGUAUCGCAAUUUAGUCAGAAAACCAGUAACUCUAGCCACCGCUCUGUCAUAUCAAGUUUAGAAGCCAAACGUGUAGAUGCUGCAGCAGAAGUAGCAGCCAAGCAAGCUGCAUAUGAUGUUCUGCUAGAAGAAUCAAAGCAAAGAGAAAAAAUAAAGCGGCUAGAAGCACAACAUAAAAGAGCUCUUGAUGUCGAGGUAAAGGAAUUAGAGCGAAUUCAAGCACAAAGAGAUCUGAAAGCAGCUCAAGCUAAACUUGAAAUCUACAAUCAAGAAACUGAGAAGGAAAAGACUAAUUUGUCCAAAGAUUGUAGUAGUUCAAAUGGAUCAGAUUCAGAUUUGUCUCUAGUAAGUAUGGAAAAGCAAGAAACGUUUCAAAAGGUGUGUGGUGAAACCAAAAAGGCAACGGUUGAAGCGUCAGCAACUGAUAUACCUCUUCUUAUUCAAGCAUUUCAAGAUGGCAUGUCUAUGAGCAAGCUACCGGUGCCAGAACCUCCUGUUUUUACUGGUGACCCUAUUCAUUUUAUUGAGUUUAAACAAUCCUUUGUGGCACUUGUUGACAAGAAAACUAUUUCUUCUGCUGAUAAGUUGUUUUAUCUAAAGAAAUAUGUGAGUGGUCCUGCUAGAAAAGCUUUAGAAGGAACCUUCUUCAGAACGGAUGAUGAAGCCUAUCAAGAUGCAUGGAACAAACUGAACAAUCGUUAUGGCCAACCAUUCGUAAUACAAAAGGCCUUUAGAGAAAAGCUGGCAAGCUGGCCCAGAAUUCACCCAAAGGAUGCCAUUAGUCUUCAGGCCUUCUCUGACUUUUUAAAUGCAUGCCAGGGUGCCAUGCCACAUGUCAAAGGUCUCCAAAUUUUAAAUGAUUACCAAGAAAAUCAGAAACUUGUGUUGAAAUUACCUGAUUGGGCAAUCAGCAGAUGGAACCGUCAAGUCACGCAAUCUCUUUCUGAAAAUCAUGAGUAUCCCACUUUUAAAGAAUUUGCUGCAUUUGUGUCCACUGAAUCAGAAAUUGCUUGUAAUCCUGUUACAUCCUUUCACAUUCUUCGUGCUGCAGAACCUGUCACUGAGAAGAUAAAUCUGAAAGAGACCAAGAGAAACCGAGUUAGAGUUUUCACCACUCAGUCGAACGCAGAGAGUCGAAAAGUGAUUAAACCUGUAAACAAAAUCCUGUGUGUGCUUUGUCAGGAAGAUAAUCACCAACUUGACAGCUGUUGUAGUUUUCUCAGCAAACCAUUGGAGGAACGACGGAAAUAUGUCCAGGAAAAGAGGCUUUGCUAUGGAUGUUUAAAGCCUGGUCACAGCGCCAAGGAAUGUCGCUGUCGUCUCACUUGCAAUGUUUGUAAGAGAAGACACCCAACUAGUUUGCAUGAUGAUAACUUUGUGAAAAUGAUUAGGAUUUUACCGUCUGCAGCUCGGUCUCAGAGUGAUCCUAAUGAUGUAACAAAUGCAAUGGCCUUGAGUGUAACUGGAGAAGAGCGAAAUACGUAUACCUCAAUGAUUGUACCUGUCUGGGUGUACACAAAGCAGAAUCCAAGUUAUGAGAGAUUGGUGUAUGCACUUCUUGAUUCGCAGAGUGAUACCACAUUUAUUGAUAAGGGAGUGUGUGAUGAUUUACAGACAACUACGUUUCCAGUGCAAUUGAAGCUCACCACUAUGCUUGGAAAAGAUACUGUCCUACAGAGUGAAAGAGUGUCAGGACUUCAAGUUCGAGCAUACAAGUCCGGUAACUAUAUCGAUUUGCCACCUACUUAUACCAAAGACUGUAUACCUGUUAAUCAUAGCCACAUUCCUACUUGUGAAGUCGCUAAAAACUGGAAUCAUCUUACGGCCCUUGUGGGCAAGAUACCUCCAUUACAGGACUGUGAUGUUGCUCUUUUAAUAGGGUACAAUUGUUCAAGGUCGAUGGCUCCUCGAGAAGUAAUAAUCGGAGGACAUGAGGAACCCUAUGCCAUUCGGACGGACUUAGGGUGGAGCAUAGUAGGUUGUUCUUCACCACAUUCCGAUAUGUCUGGAGUCAGUGGAUUGUGUCAUCGCAUUACGGUUAAGGAGUUCCCUUCUAUCACACCAGGUGAUGUGAUUCGUGUCCUUGAGAGUGAGUUUAAAGACACUGAAGAAGAGACCACAAAGGUGUCCCAGGAUGAUAUUCUUUUUCUUGAGAAGUUAAAGGAAGGUAUACAGAAGAAUGUUCAUGGUCAUUAUCAAAUGCCACUUCCCUUUAAAGUAAGACCAAAGUUACCAAAUAACAAGCAGUGUGCUAUGGUUCGACUCAGUCAUCUCAAAAGAAAAUUGGUGAAGGAUGAAGGAAGAAUUGUAUUGGUUGAUAAGCUGCGUGUCGUCUUCGACUGCUCUGCAAGGCUGUGCAAAUUAUGGCUUGAAGCAUCUUGCAACUGA